AGCUCUCGGGAACCUGGAGCUCCUCAACCAGCAGCAUCCUCCAUGUCGACCCCAAGACGGGCGUGGCCGUGGCCCAGGACGUGGGGUCCGUGACGGUGCACUAUGAGGUCGCUGGACACCUGAGGACCUACAAGGAGAUUGUGGUCGGCGUUCCUCAGAGGAUCAUGGCCCAGCACACCCAGCCCGUCCAGCCCGGCUUCCAGGAGGCCGCAGCCUCCAAAGUGGUUGUUGCUGUGGGAGACAGAAGUUCUAACCUGAGAGGCGAGUGCUCCCCCGCCCAGAGGGCCGUCGUGGAGACCCUGCGUCCCGAGUCCCUGGUCCGCUGCCAGCUGCAGUUCAAGCAUGCCAUCUUCGACUUCCCCGCACGUGACGUCUUCACCGUGGAGCCGGGAUUUGACACUGUUCUGGGCCAGUACUUCUGCCGGGUCAGGAUGCGCAGGCUGACAGACAAGCAGCUGAAGCCACUGAGCAUGAAGACCACAGCCCUGGUGGUCACCGCCUCCCUUCCCAGCAGCCACUUCUCUGCAGAGCAGGUCGGGGCCGAGGUGCCGUUCAUCUCGGGUCUCUACGCCGACCCGGCUGAAAUCCUUUUGAGCAGCCGCUAUCCCAGCUCCGACAUCAAGGUCUUUGGGGCCCCGGAGGUUCUGGAGAACUUAGAGGUGAAGUCCGGGUCCCCGGCCGUUCUGGCUUUCAUGAAGGAGAGGACUUUGGGGCCGCCUGGCUUCGUCACAUACACCGUCAGCAUCUCGGACCCUGUGGCAGGCAGCCAGGGGCCUCUGUCCACUGCCCUGACCUUCUCCAGCCCCUCCACCGGCCACACCGUCAGCAUCCCCGUGGCUGUGACCUUGGUGAUGGACCGCCGUGGGCCUGGUCCUUAUGGAGCCAGCCUCUUUCAGCACUUCCUGGACUCCUAUCAGGUCAUGUUCUUCACGCUCUUCGCCCUGCUGGCCGGGACGGCGGUCAUGGUCAUAGCCUACCACACGGUCUGCGCGCCCCGAGAGCUUGCCACACCUGCCGCCCUCGCGCCCCGAGCCAGCCCCGGGCACAGCCCCCAUUACUUUGCUGCCUCGCCACUCACGUCCCUCCACACGUCGCCUCCUGUUCGCAAAGCCAGUCCCCCCUCGGGGCUGUGGAGCCCGGCCUACGCGUCCCAGUAGGCAGCCCGAGGGGCCAGGGCUCUUCCACAGGAGCCCUGACCUUCCCCGGUGGCCUCAGGGCGGGGCCGUGGCUGCUGCACUCACGCCAGAACUAGACCCCUGGAUGGCCUGUCCUCAGACUGACUUCACUGCCACCUGUGUCCACAGCACUCCAUAGUUUAGGUUAUGCUCUUUCAUUUAUUCUUUGAUGUAGGAGUUGUAAGUUUGUGUCUUUUUCCCUCCCAGUCUUACAAAGCUAAGACGUUUUGGCUCAUUCCUUUCUGCAUUCUGCGUGGUCGUCUAAGAUUCUGGACAAUGAGCGGUUGUGUUUUUGUUUUCCCAGCCUUGCUAAAAUCCCCCUUCUCAAGACUCUGAGCCGUGAAGCUCUGUUAGAAGCUGUCUGUAGACGACCUUUCCAUAGGGUCUCAGGGAAAUGAUGUCUAGCUUCUUUUGGAGAUUCCUUGGUGGGGAUUCCCCCCCCCACCCCCUUGAAAACUACCUUUUCCCCCAGUCUGGCUGCUGCUAGGAAAUUUGGGGAGCAGACAGACAUGAGUGUCCUGUGCCUGCCCCGCCUGCUGUGAAGCCUCAGGAACCAGGACCUGGAGCCUCAGCUGAAACCGUGUGGUUAAAUGCUGAGACCGCAUGUGCUUUUGCAGGCCUGCUCAGUGUGAACAGGCUUUGGGUGCUGUGAACAGACGUCAGUUGUGUUUGUUUCAUAAGCUGUGAAAACAUCCAUUGAUUUGGUUUCCAGCCUGCAGGGAUGUCCCAGGCAGGUCCCUCUCACCCUCCCUGUCGUGGCUCUCCAUCAGUGUGGGGACAUCCAGAGCUGUCCUUAGGAAAACGUCCUUGAGGUGGUGGCAGGACCUUCUUGCGUGUGUUGGUUCUGAAGCUCUCUGUUCUGCCUCAGUGCAAAGACUCAGUGUUAUCUGCUCCUUCUGUUAGUACCUCAGCAGAUCUGAGCCAUCGCUACCUGUGAGAGAGAUGGCCUCUCUGUGAGCAGCUCCCGGGCCCGGGAUCCCAGCAGCUUCCUGCGGCCCAGAGCCCGCCCAGGGCCAGUGAGGAGGGCGGUCUCCAGUUCAGGCCUGCCCACCAGGAAGAGACUCCCCAGGGCUGGGGUGGAGAAGACCACUCAGAAAGCUCUUCCUAUUCCCAGCACUUUGGUCUGGAUCUAAGACUCAGAACAUGCCUUCCUCAGCUCCAGGCUGGGGCGGUGCCACCCUCAGGGAGAUCCGGAGACUUGUGCCCAGAGCCGUCCACGCGUGGAUGCCGUGUAUGGACAGUCCUGCAGACUGUGAGGUUCAAGUGCAAAGCCACUUCUCCUGUGGGGCUAGGCCAUGGGCCUGACCUCGCUGAAGCUGGGGAAAGGAAGAAUUGUGCCUUGCUUAUUAUUUGAGCUCAAACGGACACCUGGAUGUAAACAGGAGCAUUUCUACCUGGUUUAUUGAAUAAAGCUCUAUAUAGUUUCUUA